CCGAAAGUCGUGAGGAGGGCGGGGACACAGACCAACUUUAAAGACCCGCAACUACCCGAAGGCGCCUCGACAGCCGCUGGCGGCCCCGGGCGAUCCCCACAAGCGCGCAGGACCCGGCUCCCGCGCCCGAGCUGCCGGGGGCGCCAUGGGCCGCUACCGCAUCCGCGUGGCCACUGGGGCCUGGCUCUUCUCCGGGUCGCACAACCGCGUGCAGCUGUGGCUGGUCGGGGCGCGCGGGGAGGCGGAGCUGCAGCUGCACCUGCGGCCGGUGCGGGGCCAGGUGACGCCAGGGCCAGUGUCAAUGCGGGAUCAGCGGUGCGGCCAGAGGCUGCUCAGAGGGCGCAGACGCGGGGACAGCUCAGGGACGGACCGAGGUCGAGGACGUCGUGCCCCGCGCUCCCUCGUCCUCCCCAGGCCUGGCGGCGCAGGUGUCCGGAGCAGGCAACAGGAGGAGGAGUUUGAGCGCGACGUCCCCAAGGACUUGGGGCCCCUGCAGUUCGUGAAGUUGCGCAAACACCACUCCCUGGUGGACGACGCGUGGUUCUGCGACCUCAUCACCGUGCGCGGCCCGGGAGCCUGCGAGGAGGCCGCCUUCCCCUGCUACCGCUGGGUGCAGGGCCAGGGCGUGCUGAGCCUGCCCGAGGGCACCGCACGCCUGGCAGGAGACAAUGCCCUGGACGUGUUCCAGAAGCAUCGAGAGAAAGAACUGAAGGAAAGACAAAAGCUGUACUGCUGGGACACCUGGAAGGAGGGGUUACCCCUGACCAUAGCUGCCGGGUGUCAGGACGAUCUACCUCCAAACAUGAGAUUCCACGAGGACAAGAGGCUGGACUUCGAGUGGGCACUGAAGGCGGGGGCGCUGGAGAUGGUCCUCAAACGUGUCUACACCCUCCUGAGCUCCUGGAACCGCCUGGAGGAUUUUGAUCAGAUCUUCUGGGGCCAGAAGAGCGCCCUGGCUGAGAAGGUCCACCAGUGCUGGCAGGACGAUGAGCUUUUUGGCUACCAGUUCCUCAAUGGCGCCAACCCCAUGCUGUUGAGACGCUCCACCUCCCUGCCCUCCCGGCUCGCGCUGCCCCCGGAGAUGGAGGCACUGGGGGCCCAGCUGGAGAGAGAGCUCCAGAACCGUUCCCUGUUUGAGGCUGAUUUCAUCCUGCUGGAUGGGAUUCCCACCAAUGUGAUCCGGGGCGAGAAGCAGUACCUGGCCGCCCCCCUCGUCCUGCUGAAGAUGACGCCCAACGGGAAGCUGCUGCCCCUGGUCAUCCAGAUCCAGCCUCCCAGCCCCAGCUCCCCCACCCCGCCGCUGUUCCUGCCCUCAGAUCCCCCAUUCGCCUGGCUCCUGGCAAAGGCCUGGGUCCGAAAUUCCGAUUUCCAGCUGCACCAGCUCCAGUAUCACCUGCUGAACACUCACCUGGUGGCCGAGGUCAUCGCUGUGGCCACCAUGAGGCGCCUCCCGGGGCUGCACCCUGUCUUCAAGCUCCUGAUCCCACACACCCGCUACACCAUGGAGAUCAACACCCGGGCCAGAUCGCAGCUCAUCGCAGAAGGAGGAAUAUUUGACCAGGCGGUGAGCACGGGCGGAGGGGGCCACGUGCACUUGCUGCGUCGGGCCGUGGCUCAGCUGACCUACUGCUCCCUCUGUCCUCCUGACGACCUGGCUGACCGGGGCCUGCUGGGAAUCCCAGGUGCCCUCUACGCCCACGACGCUUUACGGCUUUGGGGGAUCAUCGCCCGGUACGUGGAGGGCAUUGUCCACGUCUUCUACCACAGGGAUGACGUCGUGAGAGGGGACCCGGAGCUGCAGGCCUGGUGUCGGGAGAUCACUGAGGUGGGGCUGUGCCAGGCCCAGGACCGAGGUUUUCCCGUAUCCUUCCAGUCCCAGAAGCAGCUCUGCCAUUUCCUUACCAUGUGUGUCUUCACAUGCACUGCUCAGCACGGGGCCAUCAACCAGGGCCAGCUGGAUUGGUAUGCCUGGGUUCCUAAUGCCCCAUGCACAAUGAGGAUGCCCCCACCCACCACCAAGGAAGAUGUAACAAUGGCCACAGUGAUGGGCUCACUACCUGAUGUCCGUCAGGCCUGUCUUCAAAUGACCAUCACGUGGCAUCUGGGUCGCCGCCAGCCAGACAUGGUGCCUCUGGGGCAUCACAAAGAAAAGUAUUUCUCAAGCCCCAAGGCCAAGGCUGUAUUAAACCAAUUCCGAACGGAUUUGGAAAACCUAGAAAGAGAGAUUACAGCCCGGAAUGAGCAACUCGAUCUGCCCUAUGACUACCUGAAGCCCAGCCGCAUAGAGAACAGCGUCACUAUCUGAGGCCUGCAGCACCCCCACCUGCAAGACUUCAGAUCAGCUCCGGUACUAACACUCCCAUCUUGAAUGUCAUGGUUUCCAAAGUCUCUGCCGCUAAGGCUCUAUUUUCCCCUAAAGGGCCAGAAAAAUAAACAUUUUAGGCUUUGUAGGCUGCACAGUCUCUGUCACCACUACUCAACUUCCCCGAUAGAGUACAAAAGCAGCAACAGACGAUAUGAAAGUGAAUGAGUGUGACCGUGUUCCUGUAAAACUUUACUUAUGAGCAAUGAAAUCCGAACUGCUCGUGUCACAAAAUACUCUUCUGCUUUUGGUCUAGUCAACUGUUUAACCACGCAGAGAGAAUCUGUGCUUUGCUAGAGGGACAGCAUGGGCUGUGGGCUGGAUCUGACCCUCAGGGGCAGUACUGGCACAGGGCUACCCUCUGCUAGCCUGAGGCACUGACCCUACUUGCCGAACAUCCAGAGAAUGCUCUGCGGUGGGACGGGGAAGAUUUCUUGCAUAAAUCAACUACCUCAACUAAUUCUCCUCUCCCACGAGCUAGACUUCCCGCACCAGGGGCCAACGUAAAACUUCCUGACUCUGUGCUUUGGCAAGUUCCCUCCACCUCGUUCCCCCUCGUCACACACCGACCCCAAGAAUCCUAGAGUAGGAAUGGUGCUCCUGGGCAGAACAAAAACCUGCCAUCCCAGGAUGGCUUCCUUCCCCAGGCAGUCUCAAGCAAACAGGACACGAAAUUCGUCUCCCAAGGCCCCUUUUCCCAGUCCCUGUAGUAGUAACUUGGGGUCUAUAUGUGUUUUCCUGGAUCCAAGUUCUCUGUCACAACCUGUUUAGCAACAAUGUGCAUAAAAUAAAAGGAAAAAAUGCC